AUGGCUAUCGAAAAGCUUCAGAAAAGAGUGAAAAAAGCUCCAAAAGACGUUGCAAUCAUCUUUGGUGUAACUGGUCUUGUUGGAAAACAGCUUCUUGAGAAGCUACUUUCAAAAUCCAAAUGGAAGGUUUAUGGCGUGGCCAGACGACAAGAGAUGACGACGAUCAAGAAACCAAACACAAACCCAAACCCUAAUUACCAUUUCAUUUCAUGCAACCUUCUUGACCCUUUCGAAACCCAAACAAAACUUUCUCAUUUGCAUGAUGUGACCCAUGUGUUCUGGGUCACAUGGGCUAGCCAGUUUCCAUUAGAUAGUGUAGAAUGUUAUGAUCAAAACAAGGACAUGAUGUCAAACGCAUUAGACUCUAUCCUCCCAGGAGCCAAUUUGAAGCACUUUUCUCUUCAAACUGGUACCAAACACUAUGUGUCUUUACAAGGAAGUUCUCUUGAUCAUCUUGUGAAAAGGGUUUCUUAUUACGAUGAGAAUUGCCCACGGGUCGAAGGGUGUAAUUUUUAUUAUGGUCUCGAAGACUUGCUCAAAGAGAGGCUCAUGGGCGUGGUUCCAUGGUCGGUUCAUCGGCCUGGUUUGAUCAUCGGGAGUUCACGAAAGACAUUGUAUAACUUCAUGGGAAGUUUAUGCGUUUACGGGACCAUUUGUAAGUAUUUGAAUCUUCCGUUUGUUUUUGGUGGAAGAAAAGAUUGUUUUGAAGAGCAGUUUGUGGAUGUCUCGGAUGCUAGGCUUGUAGCCAAACAACAAAUUUGGGCAUCCACAAAUGAUUUGGUUAAGUCAAACAAUGGGCAAGCGUUUAAUUCAAUAAAUGGAGAUGGUUCUACUUGGAAGGAUAUAUGGGGAGCGAUUGGGGAAAAGCUUGGGGCGGUUGUGCCUUGGGAGAUGUUGUCGGAGGAUUUUACGUUUGCAGGGUGUAUGAGUGAUAAGGGGGCAGUUUGGAAGGAGAUAGUGAAGAAAAAGGGUUUGGUCGAGACUGAAAUGGAGGAUCUGGCUAACUGGUAUUUCUUGGAUGCUUUGUUUCGGUGCCCGGUAAAGAUGUUAGGGACAAGAGAGAAAGCAGAUCGACUCGGGUUUACAACGAGGUAUCAUGCUCUUGAUUCGAUAUCACAUUGGAUUGAUGUUAUGAGGAAUGAAAAACUAAUUCCUUGA